AUGGUUGCGCAGCAUAUGAGGGCUUUAUAUCUGAACGACAAUUCAUUUAGCACUGUACAUCCCGACACAUUCAUACAUUUUACCAACUUAAAAGUGCUACAUCUGGCUGACAAUAAUAUUAGUCAUUUGGACAAAGAUUCAUUCAAAUCGCUGACACAACUGGAAGAAUUAUUUUUGUCAAGAAAUAUAUUAACGACGUUUCCCAAUGAUGCCUUGAACUCUGGACCAACUUCCUUAAUCCACUUGAGUUUGAACGGCAAUGCCAUCGUUGAUAUUCCGGUGGGGGCUUUUAAAAACUUAACAAGCCUACGGACUCUUGGACUUGAGGGAAAUCGGUUGACUAAAGUGCCCGAAGAAGCACUGAGCAGGUGUAGACGACUGGAACAACUAGAUCUGUCACGAAACCACAUCACAGUCGUCCAAGACAAUGCCUUCAGUAGUCUGGCAAGACUGGAAUCACUACGUCUCGACUCCAAUCAAAUCAAGACCAUUGGUCAGAAAGCAUUUAACGGAAUGAAAAAUCUACAACAACUGGAAUUGAAAGGCAAUUUGUUGACAGAUGUCCCCGCUGCACUUCAAUCGCUAGAGAAACUCACAAUGCUAGAACUCUCUCAUAAUCAUAUACCGUACAUUCCCGAUGGUGCAUUCAUGCAUAACUCGAAUCUGGCUAAGAUAGUUUUAGACGGUAACGACAUCAUCAUGAUAGGCCAUGGUGCAUUCAUCAACUUGUCCAAGUUGACUGUAUUGAGGUUGUCCAGGGCUACAAAGAUGCACACUUUUCCUAAUUUGAAUGGGACUCACAAUCUGCAAACUAUUGUCAUCGAUAAUUGCGGAUUCUCAGAGAUUCCACAAGACCUAUGUAAGAAUAUGACAAAGCUCGAGACCCUGGAAUUACAUUAUAAUAACAUCAAAUCUAUACCUGAUCUGUCUGGGUGCAGGAGUUUAAGGAUUAUAAAUCUUGGGAAGAAUGCAAUAUCGUCGUUAGACAAUUCGCCAUUCAAAAACCUGAAUAACUUACAAGAUUUGAUUCUCAACAAGAAUAGGAUCACCCAUAUUCGAAGAAACUCUUUACAAGGAUUGGAUAAUCUUUUAUACUUAGAUAUGAGUAACAACUCGAUCGUAGAAAUACAUCCUGAUGCUUUUGAAGCGACACCAAACUUAAACGACUUGAAUCUUGCCAACAACGAAUUUCCAACACUUCCAAGUAAAGGCUUCGAUAAGUUGAUUGAGCUGAAGGUUGCAUUCAAUGAUCAUCUGAUAGAUUUUCCCCCUAAAGAAUAUUUCCCGUCAUUGUAUACUCUGAGAGCUGCAUCAGCCUACCAUUGCUGCGAUUACCUGAAGAAGGAAUUCGAUUCAUUGGAAAUUGAAGAGGAAUAUUCUUGGCUUGGCCCGGGGGUGCAUGAAAACUCUACCGUAGACUGGUCAAAUUAUGGUAAUUACAUAUACAAGUCGUUCUAUGAUAGCAGUUACUACCAACGUUCAUAUGGUACAUACUCAGACUACGAGAUCUCGGACGCUAAGUCUCUACGCGAUGACGCCUUAUUUGUUGCUACAGUGGAUCGUAUGGGAAAAGUACUUAACCAUGACGGUACCGACAACGACGUGGACAUUGUCAAUACGGAGAAUUACGAAGACGGGUCUCUGACGCGAGAAUAUUCAUCGGCGAUCGAAUUAAAAUUUGAGAAUAUUGUAGACUGUAAGCCAAUGCCAGAUCCAUUUUGGCCUUGCGAACAAUUACUGGGAUCAUGGUGGCUGCGAAUCGGUGUUUGGAUCGUCUUUGUAACGGCUAUACUUGGCAACGCAGUUGUCAUAUUGAUGAUCUGUGUCAGCAGAACUAAGAUGGACGUACCCCGCUUCCUCAUCCUUAACUUGGCAUGUGCUGAUUUUGCAAUGGGACUGUACAUCGGGUUCUUAGCAAUAGUUGAUGUCACUACGAUGCAUGAAUUUCGGAAACACGGUCUUCGCUGGCAGAAAAGCAAUGCGUGCAAUGGUGCGGGAUUUAUGGCGGUGUUCUCCAGCGAAUUAUCCAUAUACACACUAACGGUGAUCACUUUGGAGCGGUUUUAUGCUAUUCGACAUGCCGUUAAUCUCAAUAAACGUCUCAAACUCCGACCAGCAGCCGUCAUUAUGAUAUUCGGUUGGAUUUUCGCAAUGACCUCAGCGACUCUUCCACUGAUCGGCAUUAAUAGCUAUCAUCGUUUUUCUGUUUGUCUACCAUUUGAAACUCGUCAUAUAAAAGAUGUGAGCUAUAUUGCAACUCUGAUGACACUGAAUGGUUUGGCUUUCCUUGCGAUUCUACUAUGUUAUAUGAGUAUCUAUUAUGCGAUUCAAGGCUCUCAUGCAUGGAACUGCAACGACUCCAGAGUAGCACAGCGAAUGUCUCUUCUAAUAUUUACUGAUUUCAUAUGUUGGGCGCCGAUAGCAUUUUUUAGCCUCACAUCAGUUUUCGGAAUCCAUCUUAUUAAAAUCGAGUAUGCUAAGUUUCUCACUGUGUUUAUACUUCCAAUCAAUUCCUUCUUCAAUCCAUUUCUUUAUACUAUAUUUACACAGCACUUUAAAAAGGAUCUUAAGAAAAUUUUACAACGCUGUAAAAUACAGACACCAAAGAUCCAAUACUAUAACCGCUCAGCAAGUCACAGUAAUGGACGACGCAUGUCGCCAGCAAGUCACGAUUUCUCAAAGAGAUGGCAUGAUAGUGAUUCUGGAUUGGGAAAGAGUCAACACGGCGAACCACCAGCAGUUAUUAUUUCGGUGCAUCCUGAUCAACGUCAAAAUUCACCCAAGUCAAGUCCACAGUGCACGUCACCCGGUAGACCAAGAAGUCGGUUAGAGAGCGAAAGUACGGUAGCGACAAGAGUGACAAUAGAAAGCCGUUUGUCAACUACCGUGCAUGACUCGUCCUAUUUUGAAACUUCGGAUGACGAGGAAACAAGACAUAAUCGACGACGUAGUUCAGCAAUGCCGUUAAUGCAGACAACAUCCCGCGAACCCCAUAUAAUAGAAGAAGAUUUAACCAAAAUGUCUCCUCUUACUCGUCUUCGUCACUUCUCUUUAUCGUUGCUGUCACCUCGAAUCGCAGAGAGGGUACACGAUUCAAAACCAAAACAGUCAAUUGGCUCUAUAGAUUUGGAAGUAGAUCCCCAGUACAAUCCAUCAGUGUUUUCAAGAAGGCCGAUUCGCAACACGCGUCUAUUUGACAUCCAGGGACCAUUUGAACGAUCACGUGGCUCAUCUGAAGGCAACUGUUCUCCACCACCAGACUGGGAUAACUUGGAGAUAAGAACAAGAGCUAAUUCCUUACCAGAAAAAGGUAGGGCGGGUUCGUUAAGUUUCAAGACGUCAUCGACCGACAUACGCAACAAAUUGCCUCAGUCCUUAAUGAAAGGUAAAACGUUUAAGAAGGGCGAGAUGUAUCACCAUCGUAGUGAAAUUCAACAUCUGUUAGCACCGGGUGACCUACCGCCGUCUCCAUUACCUAACCGUCAUCCACACAAAGUAACUCAACCACCAGAGCACUUACCGAUAAAAACUACAGAGUCUGUUUGGCAGAGGCGACCCAACGACAUAGCAGCUCUUCAAGCACAGACGAUAAUUUUCCCAUCGCCGUCGAUCACAAUGAGUCAAUUGGAAACCAGGAGAAGGUUGGAUGCCGCCAAAGAAACAACAUUAUGAAGGCAUUCCCUGACAUAUGCGCAUAGUAUGCAAUCGCGUCCAUGGUGUGUAGUCCUACAAAAACGCCAACGCGUUACGCAUACUGCUGCGCAAAUAAACAACACUGAGUAAAGCAUUCCCAACAUUGUACGCAUACUACCUCUUCAGACGAAUCACUAAUCACCAUCUAUAUCAUUAUUUAUUAAUGUCAUCAAUUAUGGUUUUAUUUCAUUUUUGAUGUCGUGACUUUUUCAGAAACUUUCAACAAAAACGUAGGAAAUAAACAAAAUGUUCUUUACAUGGAUGGCGCCCUCAUUUAAAGCCAAUGAUGAAACGGUUUUAUGACCGAGUGGAAAUAGUUCCACUUAAUGAUCAGAUGAAAAAUAUUUUAAGAGUGACAAACAUAUCUUUGGAGAAUAUACUAUAAACUUCACUGAAAUAAUAAAGAAUCCCUAUAUUUAGGUUGGAAGAGCUGCAGCUUAAACGAUGAAAACUUUGUUAUAUGUCUUGGUGAGGUUGACAACAAGAAUAUUUAAUGCUUUAGGUAACUCGCUAAAAUAGUUUGCAAAUGUGUUGAUCACAUUGUUAAAGAUAUGAUGUAAUAUUAUAUGAUAUACACAUAUAUAUCUUUAUAUAUGUGUACUAUUAUAUAAUAUAUAAUUAAUUAAUUAUUAUAAUUAUUGUAUACGGAGAAGGCUAAAAUAUAUAUCAUAUACAAAGAAAUUAUCAUAGUAUCGCUAUAUAAAUAUAUUUAUAUUAUAGUAGAUACACAACACAGGAUGUGAUUAUAUAUAAAUAUAUGAUAUAAUGACUAUGUAUAAUACGUUUGUAUGUAAUGUAAGUCUAUAGUUGUAAACUUGUAAUAUAUGCUACAUAUAUAAUUUUAUAAAAUGAAAACAUAUUAUUAAAUGAACAGAUGACGUAACAGUUAAUGGUCAUUUUAAUUAUUGAAACUGACAAGCUGGAGGCCAAAUAGACAAUACAGCACGGAAAAUUGAUGUUUAAUAGAUUAUAAUAUAGUUUAUACAUAAUGUUGUGAUUUAAAAUUUUAAUGAAGAUAAAAAUAUUGUAAUUUAUAUAUUAAGUUGUGUGGAUUGGGAGAUAGGGCCUAUUUUGACUACUGUAAUAUUUGAUACGGUUCGAGGAAUGAAAACACGAUUAGCCUAGGCCUAUGAUACGAAGAAAUGCUUCCACUUGCAAAAUGCGAUGCAGAUACAAUUAAAUAAAACACAAUUAUACCAAACUAAUUCCUCCAUGAGUAUACACUGCAAUCUAAUGAACAGAAGGGAGACUGUUCACAGGUUAAAGCUGAAUUCACAUCGGAUCCGUUUUCAAAGGCGCUGAACGCCAGGCUGAAAGCCAGGCACUUACUGCGUCGUACGACAGUCGUACUCCGCUCCCUGUGGUGAGUGGAGACGACACGACGCCGUCUGCUGAUUGUCGGUGGCAGUCUGAACGGAUCGUCAUUAAAUCUGUUUUCUGAUCAGUUUGGUAGGCCUUUCGAUCCAAAUGACCUCAGCGACUGUUCCACUGAUCGGCAUUAAUAGCUAUCAUCGUUUUUCUGUUUGUCUACCAUUUGAAACUCGUCAUAUAAAAGAUGUGAGCUAUAUUGCAACUCUGAUGACACUGAAUGGUUUGGCUUUCCUUGCGAUUCUACUAUGUUAUAUGUAGGCCUUUCGAUCCAAAAAUUCGGAUUCGGUGUGAAUGCACCUUAUAAGCCUGGUUUCAAUAACCUGGUUUCAAUAAGACUGUCUCUACAGUGUUUUCGCUGCAAUCGUUACACUGCGUAGCUGUAUCCGACGCAAUUAGAAAAGACGCCAGAUUCGACCGACCAAUCAGCGUCGCCGAAAGAUGUCGGCGAAAGCGUGUAGCGAUUUUAUGGAAACUAGGCUUUAAAAUGAAAUGAAAACUUACGUUCAAAUCAGACACAGAAUGACGUCAUUGACUUAUCCGAUGUCGGGUGUAAGAGUCAUAAUUAAUCCAAGUUAUAGGCUGGAUGAAAUUAACACCGUUGUACACAUGUACAGUUUUUUUACCUGCUUUGUAAAAUGUGCUUUUUAAAAAUAAAAUACUGUAUAAUUUAAAUUAGGGUUUUUAUAUAAUCAUCAGUAUAAAAUAAACAUCGAAUGUAUCUGAAUUUAAUUAUUUGACCAAAUAUUUGGUUUACAAUUAUUCAUGGCAUCGCGUUACAUCACGCGAUUACCGCUCGGACCAAAGAUUUAAAUCAACCCGAAGAGAUAUUUGGUCAAUCCUACUUCUGUGUCAAAAUGUUGCGUUUAACUUUCAUUAUCAUUAUUCUAAGUAGCACAAUAGAUAUGAUAAUGCUUAGCAUACUGAUGUAAUAGGCCUAUAUUCAUGUUAUGAAUUAAAAAAAACUUGGUGGAUUUACACGUGAGCAAACGAUAGCAUUGUAGCGCUGUCGAAGUAUGAUAUAUGUAAAUAAAAUAUUGUAUUGUAUACAAA